GACAAGUCCAAGAAUCGUGUUGAAUGUGCAAGCGUUCGGCAAGGAGUGCUCUUUGCGAGCCUCUACCCCAUUUCAAUUCUUCCUUAACCAUUCGUUAACGUGUUUCUUUUUCAUCGAGUGGCUGGGAAAGGAAUUCUUUUUCGCCUUCAGCAAGGCUGUUUUGUCAGUUCUAAUUCUGACUUGCAUACUCACUUGGGACAUUUGGCAGCAUCACACAGUGCUCUGGUUCCCACCCUUACAACUGACAGCCAAUUUUUUUUUUUUUUUUUUUAUAAAAAAAAAAAAACACUACUUUUUAAAACCUUCUUUGAUAUCCUGUCAAUGGCUUAAUUCAGGACGCAGUCCUCCAAUGAUGCAUCCUGGCUGGUAAAGCUUUGGUGUCAUUGAGAUGAGCAGGUCUCCCAGCAGCCUACGCACCCGGCACGCUAUCACCCAUGAAUUCAUCUACAAUCAAAAUGAUAUUUCGUACAUCCACUUCUUCUUUGCGAUUACGUGGUCUGCGGACAGAACACUCGAAUCCUAGGCUUGGGCUACAAAUAAGGACGUGCUGGGGCCACCAGGAACUCGAGACCACUCCGAUUGUGUCCUCAGAAAACGGCGUAGCCGCCUUGGCAAGGUGCAGAGCAAGAGGCGAAGCAAAACAGUGGAUGAUUGGCAGCAAUGAUGUAUGGUGUGUGUUGCGGCGUUUACUCCUGUGGUAUUGUCGGGUAGAAAAAGACGAGACCCGUCUGCCAUGAGGUAGAUACCUCUUCUAUUCUAACUGUCUAUCGUUACUCCUCACUCCCUCACAA